CGGACGGCGGGCCGGCCGGGCCGCGCCGUGCCUACCGCGGCGACUGGUGCCGUGAGGUCGGGUAUCAGCCGGCAGUGCUGCCCUAUAGGUGCGACCUGCCGCGGGGGCGCUCUGUGGGACUGGCCAGGCCGUGACAGGCCGUGUGGAACCGGGCCAGGAGUGACGAGUGUCCGAGUGUGCCGCGGAGGGAACUGAGUGGGUGUGAUGGGCAGGGACUGAGUCGGGAGUGUGAUGAGCAGGAAAUGAGUGUCUGAGUAGUGAGUGUGAUGGGCAGGGACUGAGUGUUGGAGUGUGUCGUGGAGGGGACUGAGUGUCCGAGUGUGCUGCAGAGAGAACUGAGUGUCUGAGUGUGAUGGACACGGACUGAAUGCCGGAGUGUGCCGCGGAGGGAACUGAGUGCCUGUGUGUAAUGGGCAGGGACUGAGUGUCACACCGAGUCAGAGUGUCAAAACAUGUCUAGGUGGGACUGAGGGUAAUACGCGGGUACCGAGUGUCCCGAUCAGUGUCUGUGUGCCGGGCGGGGUGUUCCACGUGUCGUUCGUCGGCCGCAGACGGCAGGGGCUGCUGCCCUGGGCGCGGCCGGGCGUGUGAGUGCGGUGUGCGGCCCGUGCAGUCUCUGCCCGCUCGUGUGUGAGCGCGGUGAUUGGCUCGGUAUGACCGGCUACUAGCGGCAGUGAUUGGCUCGGUAUGGUCGGCCGUCGGAAGCGCUGAUGGGGGAAAAUUCGGUUACCGAUUGCUGCGGGAGUGCUGACGGAUAUGUGAUUUGGCUUUUUUGUGGUAACGAUUAUCUGAUGCGAUAUGUAAGCGCAAUGUGACAGCAAAUGAGUAAUUGGGACAUUUGGAGAUAAGGUCCCCUGAUAUCGAUGUCUUCCAUGCAUGCCUAUUUGAUGUGAGGCGUUAAGACUUAAGACUACUGAAUCUGUCCCGUCAAGGGCACCCAGUCUUCCAUUUUUUAUUGUGCAAUGUAAUGUGAUGUGCAAUGUGGCGAGGUAACCAAGUCUUCCAGUCGUCUUCCAUGCGUAGUAUUGUCGGUGAUAUUGUGAAUGUGCGUGUCCACUCGGACCUGGGCUCUGUGGCGCCGCCUAGUGGUGACCUGCCGCACCUCAGUCCUGCGCGGCGGGCCGGGGCGCCGACUGGCGGCGGCCGGCCGAACCACGAGCCGGCCGGCUGCCGGUGCCUGACGCUGAGUCCGGAGGCCGAGAGGGCGCUGGUGAGCGCCCUGCGCCACACCGUACAGUCGGUGCUCAGCCCGGCGCCCAAGAAGCGGCGGUGGCGCGCCCGGCGGCGGGGCAGAAAACGGCUGCAGCCAGGCAGCGCGGACGGCGGCGGGACCAGUGCCGAGAUGACGGGCGCGGCGGGACGCAGCGUCGCCAUGUCUCUGCUGUAUCCCAGCGAGGUGCCCCAGGGUAGCGAGCGGCCGGCGCAGAUCCGUGGCGGAAGCGGCGCCAGCGAGAAACGCUCCAGGAGCGACCGAUCCCCCUCGGGCAGUCGGAAACACAAGAAGUCCAAGAAGCACAAGCGGGACAAGUCCCGGUCUCGGCGCUCAAAGAAGGAGAAGCGGAAGAAGAAGCGACGCGCUGAGCAGGACAGCGACGCCUCCCAGUCACACAGCUCAUCAUCCUCGAAGAAAAAGAAAAAGCGAAAGCGCCGAUCAGACAGAAGCUCCUCUCGGGAAAACAGGGCUGAGUCGGCCGGGAGGUCCAGCCGCCUGUCGAGCGGUCGCAGCAGCACGGCCAGCUCCCGGGACGACAGCGGCAGCCCCCGACCGCGCGCGGACGCUACGGCUCCCACCGGCAAGGUACCGGGGACCAGUAAUGGUCGCUGUCCCGACUCCAGUUCAGUGAGGAGCAGCUGCUCUCCUCUGGGUCGGCCGCUCAGCGGCGGACAGAGCGCCGCGCGGGCCGCCGAGAAGCCCGGCCUGCCGCCGCUGCCGCCGCUGCCGCCGUCCUCCCCCGGCGGCGGGUCGCCGUCCGACCGCAGCCCCGUCGGCUCGGCGCUGGACAACUACGACAGACUGGCGGGCGACGGCGGCCGGCCGCGGCCGCUGCCGGCCGACCCGACCCGCCCCCCGGUCGCCAUUCACAUGGCGCCCGGCCGGCGGCCGCUGGCGCUGCGCUCACGCCAGUUCGGCGACGAGGACGAGUCACCGCCGCGGCCUCCGCUGCCGCGCGAGCCGCCGCCGCCGCUGCCGCCGGCCAGCCCGCCGGCCGGCUCGGGUGGCUCGCGCAGCGCCGGCAGCUCUCCGGCCGCGGACGGGCCGCAGCUGUCCGCGCUGAGUCGUCUGACGGCCGCGCAGCCGGCGGCCCAGCGGAGCCGGCCAGGGCGCCGCCACCUCAGCCCGCCGUCCAGCUACCGGCGCUCCGCCGACGACUCGCCGCCGGCCGCGGCCGCCGCCGCGCGGUCCCGGCGCAGCAGCAGCCGCAGCCGCAGCCGCAGCCGGAGCCGCAGCCGGAGCCGGAGCCGGAGCCGCUCCCGGCACAGCCGGAGCCGGUCACCAGCCAGUGAGCGGCUCCGGCCCAGCCGCAGUCGCAGUCGCAGCCGCAGUCGGUCGCCCGCCAGCGCCAGGUCGCGCCCCGGUCGCAGCUCUUCUCGGUCUCGGUCGAGGUCUCGGUCGGGGACCCACUCGCGGUCCCGCAGUCGCUCCUGGACUCGGUCUCGGUCGCGGUCGUGGUCCCGCUCCCGCCGCUCGCGGUCGGGCAGCAGCUCGUCGCGCCGCAGCCGUCGCUCGCCGUCGAUCCCGCGGCGCCGCGGCUCGCCGUCGUUCCGCGAGAGUCGGCGGAUCACCAGCGCCCGAAAGCGACCGAUCCCGUACAACCGGCCGGCGCCGUCCUCCUCUUCUUCGGACGAGAGUGAGCGCAGCGAGAGCCGCAGUCCGACCCACACGCCGAGCCCGCUGCGGCGCGCGCGCGCCGAGCGGAGCGCCAGCGCCGGCCGCCGCUGACCGGCCCGGCGUACCGCUCCGACCGGGCAGCGCCGCCCCGCGCCGGCCGCCGGUACCUCUGACUCGCGCUCCCUCCGCUCGCCCCGAGUCAGAGGGCAGAAGGCUUGCUCAGACUUUCUCAGAUCCCCCCACACCGGCUUUCUGUUAUGGAGCUGCUGACCACCGACGGGCGAGGCAAUAUUGUGCAGAUGUGCUAUGGCGCAGAAUGGGUAGCUCGAUGAGGGCCUUUUGCGUACCUAUAAGGUGACUAUUUUGUACGUUUUUUUUUUCUAGGUCAGUGUCAUGUCCUCUUUCCUCCUUAUUUAUACCUAUUUAUCGUUUUAUAUUGUUUUAAUUGUUAUUUGUCGUCUUAUAGUUUAAUUAGUGGCUAGGUAUUUAUUUGUUUAUGUAUUUAUUUAUGUAUUUAUUUAUUUAUGUAUGCAUGUAUUUAUUUAUUUAUUUAUUUAUUUAUUUAUUAUAGGCACCAGAAUUUGCAUGAGAAAUAGCUUCCAUCGCGUGCUGUUACAUAUUCUAGUCAUGCAGGUCAACUGUUUUCUAGUCAUUUUGAUGUGAUAGUUGGCGUGGUCAUAUCGUUUUUAGCUUUUUUUGUUAAGCCUUGAGUCUCAAUGCUGAUCAUUGAUACGACUAUUGAUUUAGAAUCUUCUCAAUGGCCUCAGCGCUCUUGCUCGACUCUUGUCUAUUUUCGCAUAGUUCCUUUGAACGACUACCUUUACUGGAAGAGCGAUAGUCCGCCAUUGUUAGUGAGCAUGUUGAUCGUGCACGUCAUUAUUUAUUCUGCAACUGUAAUCUUUGUUUGAGAGGAGCGACAGCUGCUCGGUUUUAUGACUCCCAUGUGUUAGUUUGUCGAGAAAUGCUCAGGUGUUUGUCAUGAGAGGCGAAGACAGUGUUUGUAUGAUGUAUCAUUAUUUAUUUGACUUGCGCACGCCUGCUAUUUAAGUUAUUUAUUCGAGAGAUGGCAGCUGGGUUGUUUGGGCCCCUGUGUACGGGGUGCUCCAGUGCUGGUCGGUGGGUGGGCGCGCUGUCUGGCCCCACUGCGUCCCCCGCGGGUUGAUCCGCCGCUGACCGCCCACCCCUGUGUCCCCGAGUAUCUGAGAACCCGCCGCUCCGUGUCCGAUAAUACACACGCGGUGGCAGA